GAGAAAAAAUUGAUUGUUGAUUUUUUUGUUUCUCUUUCAACACUUUUUACCCAAUGGAUUUUUCUGUCAAUUAAUUAAUUGUUGUAUAAAAAUACUUUUUAAAUAGUCAUUUAAUUUUGUUGUAAUCAUGUUAAUCGAAAAUCCUGAAUCCCUACAAACCUGGUUAACUUCCUAUUUAGAGCCUUUGUGUGAUGCUGAUCCACAAGCUUUGGCUCAAUAUGUAAUGGCAUUGAUUGGAAAGGAUAAGCCCACAAAGGAUCUGAAACAUAUUCUAUCGGAGCAAUUGGAGGUAUUCCUUCAGAAAGAGACUUUACCUUUUGUUGAGGUUCUUUUUGAAACGAUAGACAACAAAUCAUAUUUAGAACCUGUUAACUUGGAUAGUCAUAGUGGAUCACUUGAUGAAUCGCCAAGCGGUUUAGAUGGUGAUGAUGAUUUACAAUCGACUGUUGAUAAUUAUGGUGUCCAAAGGAAUCUUGGUUCACCUCUUCAAUCCUUAUCACCUGAAUAUGAGCCAAAAUCUUUACAAAAUUUACCUGAUUCAAGUGCUCCUGGUAGUCAGUUAACAUCUUCCGCUCACAAAAGAUCAUAUCAUAAUCGUGAAAGAAGUAAAAGUAGGUCUAACUCUCGAAGUCGAUCUCGUUCACCUCCUAUUUCAUCCUCAUUAACUCGUCAUCGACCUCGCGAUAUAGAUAUGAGACGACAAGGAACUUAUGGUCUCUCCAAUCAAGGAAAUGUUGGAUCUCGUGGUCAUUUUACCGAUGAAAGAAACCGUCGUACUGGCUGGAAUAGUCCAUCUUCUAGAGGUAUGAGUCGUCGAUAUGGACCCUCAUCAACCUCAUCUUCAUCCUUAACAUCAUCUUCUCACCUUGGUGGAGGUUAUCGUCGAAAUCAACAACAGGUCAACAGACGAUCAAGGUCUCGGUCGAAAAGUCGUACACCUUCACGUAGUAGGUCACGUUCUUAUUCACCUCAACCAAGUCCCAGCCAUGAAAGAGGUCGAGCAAAGGAUAAAACUCGUACCAGUAAUAGAUUACAUAAUAGAGUACAAUCUACCUCAAGAAGUCGUAGUCGUAAUCGUGAUGGUCCAGUUUCCAAGAGAACACGAGUAAGUUCAAAAUCCCCGGUAAACGAGGAAGCGGAAGAAGAGAAAGAGGAAAAAUCUUCAUUUACCAAAAAACGUUGUCGUGAUUAUGAUGAGAGAGGUUUUUGUAUGAGAGGAGAUUUAUGUCAAUUUGACCAUGGUAGUGAUCCAAUGGUUCUAGAUGGAGCCGUUUCAUCAGUUGUACUUGGACUAACCGCCAAUGGGAACCCUGCCCUUGCUGCCAGCCAAAGUAUCGCCACCGCGGGCUCAGCCAGUUUUCUUAAUGAACCUUAACCGGAAGCUCCGGGUAUUGAUAAGCAAAUUAAACCACAUGGAAAUCGUCGAGGGUCAGGUGUAGGAUCUUUAACUGUCCCCCUUCGUGGACCAGUUCCAACAAUGGGAAACAAUUACAAUCAUAUUCCUCAACAUCAAUUUUGGAGACCCAUCGCUCCACCUUUACGACCAUUACCUCCAGGAUCUAGUUCGACCUCUUUCAUUCCAUCAAUGAAUCAAUCAAAUAGGCCAAGAGAAUUGGUUGGUGUAGUUACCCUUUCAGAAGGUGGCAAAAAUUCAUCAUUAACCUUACCCAAAAUAAAUCCUGAUUUAACCAAAAUAAUGCAUAAAAGUACAAUGGAUGCAUCAACACCAUCAUUAACCCAAACCUCAUCCAGUGUUAACCUUAUUAACAGUGGUUCUAAUAGUCACCAUCAUAGUAACAGUUCACUCACUAUGUCUAAACGAGGUGGUAACUCGGGUAGAGGUGGAGGAAGUGGAAGUGGACAUCGAGGUGGUUUUCGGGGUGGUUACAUUAAACGAAUGGUUAACAAUGAGAGUGCCGACAAAUGUACAUUAGAAGUUAGGAAAAUACCGCCAAAUCUUAAUACCAUUGCUAAUCUUAAUUCUCAUUUCUCCAAAUUUGGAUCAAUUGUUAAUCUACAAGUUUGUUAUGAUGGUGACUCGGAGGCAGCACUCAUUCAAUUUGCUAGUCACAAUGAGGCUUUGUCUGCCCAUCGGUGCACGGAAGCGGUUCUUAACAAUCGUUUUAUUAAAGUCUUUUGGCAUUCUAAAGACCAAAGUCAACAAUCACAACAACAACAACAACAACAACAACAAUCAUCAUCCCAUUCAUCGACUAAUCAAGGACCAGGUCAUCAUCAUCAUUCAUCAACUUACGAUUCUAGUUUACGAGCAGCUAAUGGUAGCAUAAUGAAUGACUCAAAUAAAUCUGAUCAAAUUAAUUCUAACUCUAGCAGGCCUAAUGUUAAAGAUCGACUCGGUCUUCGUCAUACUCUAGAUUCUGAUAAAAAUUCAGCCUCAACUAAUGUUCCAACAGGAACAAUAUCAAGAACGGUUUUCAAUCCUUCAUUGUUAAAGAAACAAUAUCCAUCUUCAACUAAUGCUGUUGUUGCUGCGCAUCAUCAUCUUCAUCAUCAACAACUUCUACUAAUCCAGUGUCCGAAUCUAUUGUUCGGAGGAAGGAAGAUCAAAAAGGAUAAACUUUUAAAGAAACUUGAUUUACAAAAGAAACGUCAAAAUAUAUUAGUUUCCUGUAUGCAACAGCAAAAACGGUUAAUUGAGAAACUUCAAAAAGCCAAAACAGAUAAGGAAAAAAUUGAAUUACGAUCAAUGGUUGAUUUAUUAAACAAGCAGAUUAAAGGUCUCGAAAGUGAUAUUAAAAAAGACGCUGAGAUUAUAUUAGCUGAGGCUUCUAAGCUUCCAUCUUCAGGUAAAAUUAAGAGUAAAAUUCAGGUGGAAAAGGAGCUUCUCGAUGUAGAAAUGGACUUUUACAAUGAGCUACACAAAGGAGCGACUGCUUCUGAGUUGCACAAGAAACUACAAGAACUUAAAAUUAAGGCCAAACCUUAUUGCAUGAAUGAUAUAAGAUCUACCAAAGCGAUGAUUAAACGAUUUGCUGAAAUGAAAGGGGCCUUAAGAGAUCGUAAUCGCCAAGCCAAUCAUACAUUGGCUAAAAAUUUCGAAAAUUUGCGAAAAGUUGACCGUAGAACGAGAAAAAUUUUCGUCGAAAAUAUUCCCGAAGAUGAUAACGGUAUCUUAUUGGCACAUUUAUCGCAAUCUGCUGAAAUUGAAAGCCUGGAGUCAACGCCUCAAGGACUAUUGGUAACUUUCAGAACACGUCGAGAUGCUGAAAUGGCUUUACCAUUAAUAUCAACCGUUAAACUGAAAGAUCAGGCACCUAAAUUAAAAGCAUCUUGGUUUGAUGAGAUUAAGGCUAAAGCUGAAGAAUUGGAAAUAGCUCAUUCUCAUGAUAAAGUUUCGUCUGAAUUGGAAUCAUUAAUUGAAAGUGAUGUCAACGUGAACAACGAUACAAGUAAAAUAAACGAUGAUGACGAAUCAGCAGUAAAUCCUGAAAAAGAUGGAGAUCUAAUUGAAGAAGAAACAGAAGAGAUAACGGAAGAAAAAUGUUCUAAAGAACCUCAAAUAGAAGAUGAUGAAGAAGAACAACAAGAACAAGUUAUCAAUGAGCAUGUUGAAGAGGAAGAAGAAGAUUCUUCAGCAACAGAAAUUGAUGAAGAUCCAAGAAACCAAGAAACAGAUGAUGAUGACGAUAAUCAAGUAUCCCCUAAAGGAGAUGAGGGAGUUGAAGAAGGCUAUGUUGUUGAAGGAAAGCCUAACGAAAAGGAAAAUGAAGAUACAAUCAACGAAGAGGAGGAAGAAGGACCAACAACAACAAACAAAAAAACACUUUCACCUGACGAAUUACAAUUAGGUGUUAGUAUCGAGGAUGAUUUACUCGAAGAGGAAGAGACUGACGAUGAGGAUGAAAGUCGAGCCUGGCGCCGGUAACCAUAAAUGAUACACAUUUACCACCCUCACAACAACCUCUCUCUCUCUUUCUUUCUUUUCUUUCUUUAAUCUAUGUAAAUAUUUCUACAACAAUUUAGUCUACAAUUUGUUUUCGGCUGUUGAUUCAUCACCAUGUUUACUUUUCUCUCUCUCUACGCCGAUCUUCCUGAUCAAUUUCAAAGGAAAUCAAACAACAAACUUAAAGAUUAUCAAGAAAAAGACGAAGAAAGUAUUUAAAAAGAAAAACAAAAUGGAAAUAUUUUAAAAAAGAAACAAAACUUAAACUAACAAUUAAUAUUAACGAUGAAUUAUAAUAAAAAGGACAAAAUGAAGCAUCGAUUAGGGAACAACCUUUUCCCACCUUCCUCCUCAAGCCCAUUUUCCACCCUCACAACUCACCUUUAGUAUGUAAGUUAAAAUAAGAGUUGAUUGUGAAAUUAAUGACGAUAAAUACGAUAUAUACAAAGAAACAAGUUAAAAAAAUUUAAUUAUCGAUAAACAACAAAAAAGAGAGCGAGUGAUUAACAAUGUUCAAGAAAAAGCUUCAUUUUGAUUACAAUUACAAAACGAAAA